CCCGGGAAGAGUCAGAAAGGCGAGGGGCGCCGGGAGCAGGCGUGUGGGACUCCAGACCGGAGAGCCGGAGGCUGCGCCUUCCCCGCACCGGGACCUUAACGACACACCAGAUCCUAGUCCUUGCCCCGUGCGAACGCCCAUGAUGACCACCACCCUCGUGUCCGCCACCAUUUUCGACUUGAGCGAAGUUUUAUGCAAGGGUAACAAGAUGCUCAAUUACAGCACCCCCAGUGCUGGGGGCUGCCUGCUGGACAGGAAGGCAGUGGGCACCCCUGCUGGCGGGGGCUUCCCUCGGAGGCACUCGGUCACUCUGCCCAGCUCCAAGUUUCAUCAGAACCAGCUUCUCAGCAGCCUUAAGGGUGAGCCGGCCCCAUCCCUGAGCUCACGCGACAGCCGCUUUCGAGACCGCUCUUUCUCCGAAGGGGGCGAGCGGCUGCUGCCCACCCAGAAGCAGCCUGGGAGCGGCCAGGUCAACUCCAGCCGCUACAAGACGGAGCUGUGCCGCCCCUUCGAAGAAAACGGUGCCUGUAAGUACGGGGACAAGUGCCAGUUCGCGCACGGCAUCCACGAGCUCCGCAGCCUGACCCGCCACCCCAAGUACAAGACGGAGCUGUGCCGCACCUUCCACACCAUCGGUUUUUGCCCUUACGGGCCCCGCUGCCACUUCAUUCACAACGCUGAGGAACGACGCGCCCUGGCGGGGGGCCGGGACCUCUCCGCUGACCGUCCCCGCCUCCAGCAUAGCUUUAGCUUUGCUGGGUUUCCCAGUGCCGCUGCCACCGCUGCUGCCACGGGGCUGCUGGACAGCCCCACGUCCAUCACCCCACCCCCCAUCCUGAGCGCCGAUGACCUCUUGGGCUCACCUACCCUGCCCGAUGGCACCAAUAACCCCUUCGCCUUUUCCAGCCAGGAGCUGGCGAGCCUCUUUGCUCCUAGCAUGGGGCUGCCCGGGGGAGGCUCCCCCACCACCUUUCUCUUCCGGCCCAUGUCCGAAUCCCCUCACAUGUUUGACUCUCCCCCCAGCCCUCAGGAUUCUCUCUCGGACCAGGAGGGCUACCUGAGCAGCUCCAGCAGCAGCCACAGUGGCUCAGACUCCCCUACCUUGGACAACUCAAGACGCCUGCCCAUUUUCAGCAGGCUCUCCAUCUCAGAUGACUAAGCCAGGGUAGGGAGGGACCCCCUGCCUCCUUCACCUCUCCACCCUGCACCCCAUCCCUAUACCUUUACCUCCCCACCCCCUAACCCUCCCUCAAACCCUACAUUGAUACAUUUAAGCUCAACCCCUCUCCCAGAACCUUGGUAUGUUACCCCUCCCCCAACAUAAGGACAAAUCAAUUUGUCAGUAGCUUCUGGCUUGAAACCCCUCCCUCCAUUUCUUAGCCCACUUAACCACGCAUAACAGAGUCCCAUCUUUGUCAGUAGAUGCCUUUUUUUUUUUUCCGGCUUAAGCCUUAAGUGCCAAAUCACAAAAGAAAAAAAG